UCCGCCAUGUCUACACGGACAACAAUAACAAACGGCAAUUAGUGCGCUUCCGUUGCCCAUGACACCGGAGCGAAGUUCUGACAGCUUAUUGUCCAAUCAAUUUAUAUCCACCCCGAGUCCACAAAUAAUCCCUUUUGAAGUUAUUUCCACUCGGACGUGCCUCCUUUAACCCCCGGCUGGAGUUGCAGAUAGAGCCUUUCGUUUGAACAGAGGAGGGCGGCUGAUUAUGGUGUAGCACGGAGCGCUAGCUCCGAGACAGCAGUUUUUUUAGCAGCAGUGCAGUGCAGCAGAGUGCAGCGUGGGGCCGACCGAGGCAGAUCACAGCAGAGUAGUCAUGCUUACGUUGGCCAGUAAGCUGAAGAGGGAUGAUGGAGGAAAGGCGGGCCGUGCCUCCGGAGCCUCUGACUCCGCCCAUAGGAUUUCCAUCAGGGACCGCCUCCUUACCAAAGAAGUUGCAGAACUUGAAACCAAUCUCCCUAGUACAUGCAAAGCCAGUUUCCCAGAUGAGGACAAGCUGCAUUAUUUUCAGCUGGCAGUGUCACCUGAUGAAGGUUACUACCAGAGUGGAAGGUUUCAGUUUGAAAUAGACGUCCCCGAAGCCUAUAACAUGGUGCCUCCUAAAGUGAGAUGUCUGACCAGAGUAUGGCAUCCUAACAUAACAGAGAAUGGAGAGAUCUGUUUAAGCCUAUUGCGGGAACACUCUAUUGAUGGCACAGGCUGGGCCCCAACUAGAACAUUAAAGGACGUUGUCUGGGGAUUGAACUCCUUGUUUACUGACCUGUUGAACUUUGAUGACCCUUUGAAUAUCGAUGCUGCAGAACAUCAUCUGAGAGACAAGAAGACUGCAAGAGACAGUUGGUUAGAUAAAAGAUGCCAGGAAGACAGGAGGAUUUUCGGAAUAAGGUUCAAGAUUACAUCAAGCACUACGCCAGAUGAUAGACGCAUCGGCUACCUACAUUAGCCUGCACCAACCAACCAAACGGCUCUACCUUGCCUCUGCUUAUCUUGGCCAAGUCCCCCUCCCCCUCCACGUGUGUGAAUCAACAGCCGACUCUUACAAUUCCCCUCUCGACACCACAGCCACGCCCACGCCCUGCUGGUAACCAAUUGCAAUAAAUUCCACAUUGCGGGAAUGAAAAAAAAAAAGAGAGAAAAAAACGAUGCAUUUAAGUCAAGACUUGCAUACAAAAGUAAAAUCUGCUUUAAUUAUCCUAAUCGAUCGAGUGUUGGACCACAAUGUCUGUUAAUUGUGACGAGAUUGCUGAAUAAGGCCGCUUCCUUGAGAUGUCCCUCGGUGCCGGUCGGAAGUGAGCCAUGGUAACAACCGGCAAGGGAUGAGAUGAGUCACCGGCCAGUAAAACAAAAUAAGGCAGUGACGUCAGCUGUUAAAAAAAGUUAAUGAAUCAAGAGAAAGAAUAUCUGUUGCAAUCGGUCCUCUGUUCUAGUGCCUGCUAUGUUUGUGUCGCAAAAGAGAAAAUGCAUGUGAGUUCACACACACACACACACACACACACACACACACACACACACACACUGUCACAUCCUGUUUUAAAAGCUAUCACAUACAUACACAGGUUUCUAUACACUUUUCUAUUCACACACACUGAAGUUGGAAAACCGCCAGCCCCACUAGACAGCACGUGAAUGACCACAUUGUCCCGUUCUGUUGUCAUUCUUUUUGCGUAUGCACACUCACACACAGACUUUCUGUUUUGUGUUUUUAGAUAAAGUAUGACUUUAAAAAAAAAAUCACAGCCAAAUCAAUUUUUCUGGUUUUAGAUUCACCUCCCGUCUUUGCCAUCACUCUUUUCUCUCCUCCCUAAUCCUUUUUUGUCUUUCCUCCAUCUGUCUCUCCUGUUUUAGACACACCCACAACCACAGGUACCUUGUUAUUUGACGAUGGAGAGGUUCAUACCUACUUACAGUGCAAUCAGAAAGUACUGUACUAUGACAGCGAAACAUUUUCGGUGUGUGGUAGCUCUUUGCUUUACAGUGGGUAUAUAAUUAAACAAUGGCUGAGCGUUUAAAGGACUGAUUCAGAUUUAGUUUAAUAUCCAUAACAAAUAAACAGUAUAGGAAUUGUAGCUCUCUUUGUACGUACUCCCCCAGGUUUAAUGGACAACGUCUAAUUGAACAAACAAUGUGAAAGGGGUCGGUGGUAGUUAUGACCCUACAGAGAAUUAUCACCUGCUCCCCUCAGCUUUAUAGAACUUGUAAGUUUUGGCUCAUUGUUUAACUGUCCGGCCCAAAACGUUGCUCUUUUCAUUUAUUCUCACAGCUCUCUAAAUGGUGGUGUUUUCGUCCGCAGCAGGCAGCUGUUCUAAAAUCCCCCUGCACACUACUUGUUAAGCACCAAACAGCAAACAAGCACAGUUAGCGACUAGCUGGUGAACAUAGUGGAGCAUGUAGCAGCUAAGGAGCCAAAUAGUUCUGUUUAUAGUGCGUAUAAUUGGUAAAGACAAAAAAAAAAAAACAGAGCUAAACCAGAGUCAAUAUUACAAUCGCCAGGUGUCCAGAAACAAAUGAUAAUGAUGCUCUGUGCCUACUGGAUGUGUAAGCAGCUGUUAACAGGUUUGCUAUAUCAACUUAAAAGGUGAUUAUGUGUUAAUGUUGGCCAUAAA